AUGGAGUUUCUUGAGCGAACUUACCUUGUGAAUGACGAAGCCACCAAGAGGUACACCUUCACUCUAGACAGAGAACUUCAACAGAAACCUGUGAAUAAAGAUCAGUGUCCUGGAGACAGGCCAGAGCCGACAGAGGCAGGAGGCAUCUAUCACUGCCACAGCAGCUUCAAGGCCACAGAGAACAGGUCGAGCAAGCACGUGCAUGCCAAGUGGAGACUCUGUGCUGCUUCAGCGAUAUGCUUCAUCUUUAUGGUGGCAGAGGUGGUCGGUGGAUACGUUGCUGGGAGUCUUGCUAUCCUCACUGAUGCUGCUCAUCUCUUAAUUGACCUGACGAGUUUCCUGCUCAGUCUCUUUUCCUUAUGGUUGUCAUCACGGCCUCCCUCCAAGCAGCUGACCUUUGGGUGGUACCGAGCAGAGAUCCUUGGUGCCCUGCUGUCUGUCCUUUGCAUCUGGGUGGUGACUGGUGUGCUGGUGUACCUUGCCUGUGAGCGCCUGGUGUAUCCUGAUUACCAGAUCCAAGCAAGCAUCAUGAUCAUUGUUUCAGGCUGUGCAGUGGCAGCCAACAUUGUACUAACUGCAAUCCUGCACCAACGGCACCUUGGCCACAACCACAAGGAUGUACAAGCUAAUGCCAGCGUCAGAGCAGCUUUUGUGCACGCCCUUGGGGAUGUAUUUCAGAGCAUCAGUGUGCUAAUUAGUGCUCUCAUUAUCUACUUUAAGCCAGACUACAAAAUUGCUGAUCCAGUGUGCACAUUUAUCUUUUCCAUCCUGGUUUUGGUCAGUACCAUCAUGAUCUUAAAAGACUUCUCCAUCUUACUCAUGGAAGGUGUUCCAAAGGGCCUGAGUUACAACAGCGUGAAAGAGCUCAUCCUCGCAGUUGAUGGUGUGAUGUCUGUGCACAGUCUGCACAUCUGGUCGCUUACAGUGAACCAAGUGAUUCUCUCUGUUCAUGUUGCUACAGCUGCUGGCCAGGACAGCCAGUCAGUCCGGACAGGGAUUGCCCGAGUCCUCAGCACUAGCUUUGACCUGCACUCCCUCACCAUUCAAAUAGAAUCUGCAUCAGACCAGGAUCCCAGCUGCCUUUUCUGUGAAGACCCACAGGACUAG